AAAGUUGCAUGCAGAAGUAGUAGCACUAGCAGUAGUUGAGGAGGAGGAGCACUGCCAGGGUGGGGCCCAUGCGGGAGUGCUUCGGCCGCAUGAAGCAGCGGCGCAGGUUACUCGUGAAGUUGGAAUUCGUAAAGGCUCCAAUAUCGGUCCAUGCAGCUGCUGUUUCGUCAUGACUCUAGCGAAGGAUUGUUUAGAAAAGUGUCACAGUCAACUCCCAAGCGCGUCCGUGUUUUUGCUCCACCUUCACCACCACUACUUUUCCAUGAAUUUUAAUUUGUCUGUAGAAUGGAUGACUCCUACGUUGCUGUGGCUGUCUCUCGCGACUAGUGACUAUGACUUCCUCUUCCAUCUGGUUGCACUGGCCCUCACACUUCUUGGUUCUCUUCCUUGUACGCAGCUGAUUCUGUACCAGGAUAGUUGCCAAUUCCCACCGUAGCCCAGCACUCAGUCCAUCUCUCAUCGUCUAGGCUCAGCCAGCGAUGCUGCUGGUGUGUGGUGGACAACAUCAUCUCCUUGUUUCAUAAAUUUAUCUCUACUUGUCUUGCACUAAAACUCUUGUUUUUACGGAUCGGAUCCGCGUUUCGUCUGUGUCAAUGUGAUGUGAUGUGAUUUGAAGGAAUUCAAGCAUUGGGGACAAGAGGCAGAUCAAGCAACCUUUCAAUUGGAACGUAGAUAUUUUCAACUCGUGCUAGUAACCAGCGUGAUGCCUCUAAUUUUGUUUUCAGUUUUGUCAGUACCACUGUUUCCAGUGCUCAUGAGCGGUGUCUAAAGGUUGCUUGAUCUGUGCCGAAGUGAGCCUGAUAAAUCUUGUAGUGGCGGUCAGAGGGGUGUCUAUUUUGGUUGUGCAGGGGAGAGGGUACUAUUGUCGAGGAGAGGAAUCUCAGUGAAGCAAAGCGGCAAUCGGAGCUUGGGGGAAAGAGCGGGGCCAAUGAUCUGCUUGGCAAAUCCUUUCAUUUGGAUGCUCAUAUUUAUCCAAUAGGAAGUCUCAGAAAAAUCAAAUGGUUGCUGGACGUGGUACAUGUGCUGUAUUUCAGACAGCCGUUGCUCCGAUCGCCGACCUGCAUAUUUCAGCAUUGAUUCGCAAAAGAGACGGAGUUUUCCAAUCCACCCAAUUUUCGUGUGCAGUAAGAAACUUCGCGUUGUGACAGUGUUAGCGAAGACGAUUAUGAAGAUGUGGCCCUUCGCACAGAAGAAUAUAAGAGUUUGACGGUCCAGCAGACACAAGCGGAGCAGUUUGAAGAUUCAAGAUCAAGAGACCCGUGGGAGGGUCAUAGGAGAUCAAAUUUGGAAGGGAACAUUUAAGAUUCUUUGAAAAUAUUGCAUCCAGAGAAUUAGGGCCGGUUGAUUUGAUAUUCUCAUGAGAUUGAAAGCAUAUUUUGAGGCACUCAAUUCCAGGCGAUCUUAGAACGAGACUAGCAAUGGGGAUAACAUGGAAAUCUUCAUUUACUUACAACAAUAGAAAACUUGUUCAGUUACCAUGUCGGUUCAGUGAAUUUUACAUUCUUGUACUUUGCUGCGUGCUGAGUGUGCUGAGUGGCGCUCAAGCACAGUUGCUUGGUCCACCAUCAGGGUUCUCUUUCCCGCCACCAGGUGCUGCUCUGCCUCCUCCAGGUGCUGCCUUGCCUCCACCAGGUGCUGCUUUGCCUCCAGGUGUUGCUUUGCCUCCUCUUGCGGCGCCUCCACUUCUUGAUAACCAGGUGCUGAAUGAAAUUGACAAUUUGGACAAAGAAAUUCGGGCCCUGACUCGGAAUGCUGCGUUGGAGCUUGAGAAAAAUUUCAGCUAUUGCAUCACCAAUGGAGAGCAGGAGUGGAACGCGGUGUACGGUUUCAAUAUAAAAGUUCAAAGGUUCGUGCAACAGUGUGUCAUGGACAUGGGAGCAGAUGGCACAGCUUCGCAGCGUCUGUGCAACAAGGGAGAACUCGAGCUUUACUUCAAAAACAUAUGGGAUCUGGACUCCCCUAAACCCAAUGUGAAUUGUAACUCCUCAUCAUGGGGUAUUGAGUGCGAUUCGGGAUGGUCAGCUGCGAAACAAAUCGACUCCAAUCUACACCCCAGCAGCAAUGUGGUGCCAUCUCGUCAUCUGUUUCCCAAGGCUUGUUGUCAGGGAUUUUUCUGCCCAAAGGGCCUCACUUGCAUGUUCCCAUGCCCGUUGGGUGCUUUCUGUCCUCGAGCAGUACUAAACGAAACAACUGGGUUGUGUGAACCAUAUGGGUACCAAGUGACGCAACGUGAAGGGAAUCGCCAGUGCGGGGGAGCAGAGAAGUGGUCCAUUGUGCAGGCUACUCAAGAGAUUUUCUGCCCCGCUGGCGUGUUCUGUCCCUCGACUGUCGAUGCUCACAUAUGCACCAAAGGACACUAUUGCCCUCUUGGCUCCACGCGGGAGUAUGCCUGCUCAAAGCUUACGACAUGCCGAAGCGAGCGACUCGAGAAGCAGAAUCUCACCAGUGUUGGGAUUCUCUUCGUUGCGAUCUUGGCAGCCACCUUGUUACUGAUCUUUGCGUGUUCGGACUGGAUCAUGGACAUUCGUAUGAAGAGCAAAUCUAGGGCCCGAGAUUUGGCGCAAAGGCAAGCAGCGACUGUGAGUGCUUCAGAAUUAGAGGGGCUUGUACCCAUGAAAGAGUCUGUCGAAUGUGAGGCUGCUAUUCUCACCCGCAAGCUCAGCAAUACCGAGUUCCGGGAACGGCCAGGUUCGAACGGAUCGGAGGAAUUUCAGGUGAUUGAGUUUGGCUUGAGCAUUUUUGGUGAAACACCGGGUCAGCUAUUGCGUCAUGGAUCGAUGUCAAUGAGGAUUGCCGAAGAUGGCAGCUCCGUCGGCACAUCCAUCCCCCUUUGCCUCGUCCCAGUCACCCUAAGACCUCGGGAUAGGAUUGAUGUCGAGAGCUUCGUUGAAGAUGAUGCGAUGCGCUCCUUCACCGAGCUCCAGGAGUCCCAAACUAAGAUCGAGAAGGAGAUAGCAGCAGCAUUGGAGAGCAUGGAUCACAAAGUCAUGAAUAGGGACGAGGAUUCCGAGACGCGACACAACAUGCGGCCUCCCAUUGAGGUGAGCUUUGAGGAUCUCUCGUUGUUCCUCAAAGGCUCAGGCAAGAAGAUUCUCAGCAAUGUGACAGGGAAAUUGUCCCCUGGGCGAGUGACUGCGGUGAUGGGUCCCUCGGGGGCCGGGAAAACUACCUUCCUGAAUGCGCUGGCAGGCAAGGCAACGCACAGCCGCACUACUGGAGUAGUGCUCAUCAACGGCAAACCUGACUCUAUUCAAUCCUACAAAAGCAUCAUUGGGUUUGUGCCGCAGGAUGACAUCGUCCAUGGCAACCUUACUGUUGAGGAAAAUCUUUUGUUCAGUGCCAAUUACCGGCUACCGGUUGGCAUGAGCAAGCGGGACAAAGUGUUGGUAGUGGAGCGAAUCAUCUCCGCACUGGGCCUAGGAUCGAUCCGGGAUUCCAGAGUUGGCACGGUAGAGAAUCGUGGGAUAUCUGGCGGGCAGCGAAAGCGGGUGAAUGUGGGGUUGGAGAUGGUGAUGGAACCGUCACUGCUGAUUCUGGAUGAGCCCACCUCUGGUCUGGAUAGUACGUCAUCGCGGCUGGUGUUGCAAGCCUUGCGCCGCGAGGCCAACAUGGGUGUGAACGUUGGGGUGGUACUCCAUCAACCGAGUUACGGGCUGUUCAGAAUGUUUGAUGAUGUGAUGUUCCUGGCCAAGGGCGGCCGCACGGUCUACCUGGGGCCCGUGAGCGAAUUGGAAGCGUACUUUGAAAGCUUAGAUUUGGUGGUGCCGGAGCGAAUUAACCCGCCGGAUCACUACAUUGAUGCGCUGGAGGGCAUCGUGAAUCCCAAAAAUCAGCCAGGCUUUGACCCCCAAAUCUUGCCCCUGAUGUGGAUGGUCAACAAGGGUUACAAAAUUCCACCUGACCUGGCUGCCCUAGCAUCAGACCUCCAAUCUGGUACGAUGCGCGGCAAAAAGUUCAUGCCAGUGAGAGAGCCCAAACGCACCUGCAUCCAGGAUUUCUGGACAGAGCUGCAGGUGUACGUAUGCGAGCGGAAAGACUUGCUUCUCAGUUCUUUUUAUAAGGUUGAGAAUAAAUCUGGUCGUACCACUCCUGGCUUCUUCAGCCAAUUCCUUACCAUUCUGCGCCGGUUGUCGACUCAACGGUUUCGAGAAGCCCGAGUGCAAUUCCUAGACUACACCAUUCUGCUGAUGGCCGGGACAUGUCUUGGUUAUCUCUCGGACAUGAAGGACACCUCCCUCGGGUCGAAAGGCUAUUUUUACACUCUCAUUGCUCUCUCACUGUUGGUGAUGAUUGCGUCGCUUCGAACAUUUUCAAACGACAAGCUUACAUUCUGGCGAGAGAGUGCAUCGGGAAUCAAUCGAGUGGCUUAUUUCGUAGCCAAGGAUGUGGUUGACCUAUUCAAUGUGACUAUCAAGCCAUUCAUAUACCUCUCGAUGUUUUAUUUCUUCAGCAACCCUCGAUCAAGUUUUCUCAGUAAUUUUACUGUGACUUUGGUUCUGGUAUACUGCGUCACGGGCAUUGCGUACAUCUCUUCUAUACUUUUCCAACCUGCUCCGGCACAACUGUGGUCGGUGUUUUUACCCAUUAUGGCGACGCUGAUAAUUACCGUGAAACCUCAUGGGUUCUUGCUUAAGCUGCAGUACCUGAGCUACGCCCGAUAUGCCAACGAGGCCUAUGUUGUUGCCAAUGCUGUAAAUUACGGAGGAGUGUGGAUCACAACCCGCUGUGCAAUGCUGAAGACCUUGAACUACUCAGUCGAGCGCUGGAUGCCGUGCCUCGUAAUCCUGGUAAUGUAUGGGGUUGUAGCACGCGGCAUCGCCCUCAUUUGCUUGUUCACAAGCAACCGUGGCAGACAGAAGUAAACAGCGAGCAUUUCGUUAGACCCCAUAAUCUCGACUAGGGAGUGGCACAGCACACUCACCGGGACUGCUCAAGAGGUAGCGAUGGAGUGCGCGUGCUCCAGCUCCACGAAGUGAAACACGCGGAAUCGUGAGUUGUGCCAUGCAGUGACCAGUUCCACAUCGUGGAUGCGCAAGAGUGUGUGCUUUUGUGUGAGUGUGUGGAGGUGCCCCUCUGCCAACUCUUGGCAGUGCCUAGAGACUCGUCAUCAGGUUGCCUAACCUUCAUGAAACGUGUCCACCAUCCUCUGCACCACAUGGAUGAGCACACUCUCGUUGCUUUCUUUGGCGAUGAAUAAAUGGUGACCCCCCCCCCCCCCCAAAGGGAUGAACAGAUGACAGGUAUAAUUAUUGACCAGGAACAGCUGAAAGGGCCUUCAUAGCAGUGCCCAACAGAGUCGUGACCUUAACUUACGCAACGAGGAAUGAAAACCAAUUCGAUUUCCCAGUGGAAGGAGGAUCCUUUGUAAACUCAGACUUGAAUACAAAAAGAAAAGCGUCAUCAAACUCA